UUUCAGGGAAAUUCUCCUUACAGAAGAGCAACCUAUCGUUACACCCCAUUAUUGGCAUGGAUGCUGACUCCCAAUAUCUACCUCACAGAGCUGUACGGGAAAAUCCUCUUUGUUAUAUGUGAUAUUCUUGCUGCUCAUGUCAUGCACAGAAUCCUAAGCCUUCGAGGAUUUGACAACUGGAGAGCAUGCUGGUACUGCAGCCUAUGGCUUUUCAACCCGUUGCCAAUGAUGGUCUCAAGCAGAGGGAAUGCAGAAGCCAUUCUUGCAGUCUUGGUGAUGGUGACUUUGUAUUACCUGGAAAGUAGGCAGAUUGUGAAGGCUGCGUUAUUCUACGGGCUUUCUGUGCAUAUGAAAAUUUACCCAGUGACUUAUGCUGUACCCAUAGUCUUAUCACUUCAGACUGAUCAGCAAGCAAUGGAGGAAAGUAAUUCGACUAAGUGGAAUGAAGGCUACCUUAAAAAAGGCACAUAUUUUCACAAUUGUAUAAGGAACUUCCUGAAGCUGGUUGUCAGACUGCUAAACCAGGAAGUGCUGCUAUUCAUUGGAAUUGCUGGACUGCUAUUUUUUGGUCUGGGAGUACUUUUCUAUUGCAGAUAUGGCUGGGAGUUUCUGGACCACACGUACCUUUAUCACUUAACACGAAGAGACAUUCGCCACAACUUCUCGCCCUAUUUCUACAUGUUGUAUUUGACAGCAGAGAGUGAGUGGAGCUGUGGUCUGGCUCUAGCUGCUUUCAUCCCACAGUCUCUGCUGCUCUUUGUCACAUCUUUUGCAUAUUACAAAGACCUGACCUUUUGCUGCUUCCUGCAAACUGCGAUUUUUGUCACUUUCAACAAAGUGUGUACUUCACAGUAUUUCCUGUGGUAUUUGUGUCUGCUCCCAGUGGUUCUUCCAAAUCUGGCGCUGACCUGGAGAAGAGGUCUGGUGUUGUUGGUUUUGUGGUUCAUCGGUCAGGGAUUAUGGCUCACCCCUGCAUAUUACCUGGAAUUUGAAGGACAGAACACCUUUCUGUUUAUUUGGUUGGCUGGUUUGGUAUUUCUCUCUAUCAACUGCUACAUUCUGUUGGUAUUGAUCUCAAGCUACAAGGAAAGGGAAUUGCAGCCAAAAACAAAGACUGAAUAACAGAAAUGCUUCUACGCACAGGAUGUUGCUGUUUACUAACUGAGUAUAGAUUCUGAUCUGUUAUGAUCUCUGUGGAGCAAGUUGACUCGGAUUAAUUGAUCAAGGCAUUAUUGUGGAGAAUGCACCAGGACCUUUUUUCUCCCUGAGCUUUGUUGAGUAAAAAGAAAGGUACAAUAUCUGAACAUGUUUUUUUCUGCCCUACAGAGGCCAGGUCCCUGCUGUGUAAAUCAAUGUAGCAUCUAGCAAGUGAAAGUGAGCUAUGUUGCAAGCCUGAUUAAGGACCUUAAUUUGGGUGUUUGUGUAAUUCUUCAGCAGUUUUCAAAGGAUGAGUUCUGCUAAUUGAUGUAAACUCUGAAGUCCUUUUCAAACAAUCUUGAAAUUACAAAUUCCACAGACAACUUAAUGUUUCACUUGCCCAAAGGAACACAUUUUGUAAAUGAAAUAGUUAUCCAGUUGUGGCAAAUAGAAUGUAACACGAUGCAGACCCCCUGCUUCUAAGGAUAUCAAGGGAAAUACAAUCAUAAGUCUUUUUGUUUAGGGACAGUAAUCUUUGACCCAGAGCACUACUGUAAGGAAAAUUUGUAAUUUCUUUAAGUUGUAUGUGGAAUGUGUAAUUGUUUUUUAAAAAUGUAUGUAAAGGACUUAAAAGUUUGCAUUAAUUAGCAAGAUUCACCCUUUGAAAAUUGUACGGUCAGUAUUACACUGCUUUUUAAAAUUCAGUUACAGGACGAAGGCAUCACUGGCUAGGCCACCUUUUAUUGCCCAUUCCCUAAUUAUCCAGAGGGCUCUUAAGA